AUGGCGACUGGAGAAGGCCGCAAGCUGCCUGAGCUGUUUGAGCAGCCUCUCUUCAAGAAACAGAGGCGACAGCACGGUGCUUCAGACGACGAGCUGCUGGCCACUUCAUUCCUGGCUGACGACGGCUCAUUCCGCAAUCCGAACUUGGCUUGCGCCAUCGAGCUGCCGCUGCCUUCGAGAUCUUCAGAGUGGCGAUCUUUGAAGAGGAACGCGGAGGCAUACUUUGUGAAAAAGCUCAAAGGUGUUGAAGUCAAAUGGCACGAAUUGAGCGAGGCCAAGAAAAGAGAAUUUGCAGUGGCAAAUCAAGCAGAAGUUUCCCAAUGGCUAGCCGCUUCAGCAGUGAAGAAGACCAUCGAGUUGGCGACCUCCGAAGAGCUCACACAGCUUCGUGGCGUGUUGGGUGCCUUGCAGUGGCGUGUCAACCAGUCCUCGCCGAUGCUAUCAGCCAGGCUUGGACAACUUCAGAGCGAGAUCAACACUGCAACUGUGGCGACCCUGAGGGCCGCAAACAAGCUAGUUCGUGAGGCCUUUCAGACCAGGCAUGUUUCAGUGAAGGUGAAUCAGCUGCACCUUUCGGAUCCUCUAGAUGUUUGCUUUGUAGGGUGGUCGGAUGCUGCCUUGGCAAACCGCAAGGACCUAGGUUCCACAGGAGGAUACCUGAUUGCAGCCACCACUCCUGAAAUGUUUGAAAGCAAGAGAAGCCCACUUUCCUUCGUCUCCUGGCGAUCGGCCCGCCUCCAAAGGAAGGCAAGGUCAUCGCUGAGUGCUGAAACUCAGGCACUCGCAGAGUGCGACCAGGAACUGAUGUUCACUCGGCUCGCAUGGGCUGAGUUUUGUGGAGUGCCUGUGAAUUUGAAGAAGCCAUCCGACGCGGUGAAACAGGUCGUCGGUGGCGUUGUUGUUGACGCUAAGGCGCUUUACGAUGCGCUUCUCAAGAGGGAUUUGAAUUCCUCCGGCGCCGGUUUGAAAGACAAAUUCACGGCGCUGGAAGUGCUUUGCUUGCUUGAGUCGCUCGAAUCCAAUUCCACUGUGGUCAGAUGGGUGCAUUCAAAUGCCCAGCUGGCCGAUGCUUUGAUGAAGCCGCUUCCACCUGGCGUGCUUCAGAAGUCCUUGAUUGAAGGACCUUGGACGCUUGGCUACGACCCUGACUUCACAAGCGCGAAGAAACUGCGCAAGAAGCAGAGCAUGUCCGAUGGUGCGACCGCGGAUGCAUCUUUCAGCCAAGGUUUUUGGGGCAUCUUGGAAAACGAGGUUGACAGGUUCCAAGCUUAUGAAAGAUUGACUUACAAACUUUCCGAGCUCCAUUGCGGCAAGGUACAGACACAGCUCUAUACAAUUCAGUGGCCAGCGCCCUUGGACAGCAAGGUCACUGGGUAUGCGGGCAACACCGCCAGCAUGAACUGUGCUGUGGAUGCUGCAGGCCGCGCAGGUCACUGGUGGCUCGCUCUGCAGUGGUUGGUGCAAAUGACGCGAAAGCGCAUGGUGUUCAGUGAGGUCACCUUCGGCACGGCCGUGUCGUCUCAGCGACAAAGGUGGCAACAGGCGCUGCAUGUCUUGAAGCCGAGCAACAUUGUUGCGGCAAAUUCUGCAAUCUCCGCAAUGGAGACCCAAAGUCUGUGGCAAGAAGCCUUGCACUUACUGUGGCAAAGUCUGUCCCCUACACUGGUGAGCUUCAACUCGGCCAUGGGUGCUUGCAGUGCGGCUGGGAAAUGGCGCUACAGUCUUCAUGUGUUCAGCACAGCGAAUAAACAAGGCUUUAAGCUCGACACCAUCAGCUACAAUUCCCUCAUCAAUGGCUGCGCAGUGGCACGACAUUGGGAGCUGGCGCUUGGCAUUUUUUGGCAGAUGGACGAGGUGACGGUGGUCCCCGACGCAGUGAGCCAUGCCAUCGUGUUGGAUGCGCUACCCGGUCUUCAAGCGGACUUGGUUGAGGAAUUUCUUAACCUCAUGCGCCGUACUCGCUGUCUGGACACAGCUGCGCUUGGUGCGGCGCUGCGGUGCUAUGGGAAGACAGGGAGGUGGGAGAUGUCAUGUCAGAUUUUGGCAGAAGUCUGCCAAUCCGGCCUCCAACACGACAAGGUCAUCCUUGGGGCAGCGGCCGAUGCCUGUGCCAGAGAAGCGAUAUGGGAGGUCUCUCUCCGGGUGUUGCCAUCCACCAGCCUGAUCACCAUGAAUUCCGUGCUCAAAGCUUGUGAGGGUACCUGGUCAGUGGCCACGCAAAUAAUGUCAUCCAUGAGCCAGGUGGUCCUGCGCCCUGACCUGCUUUCUCACAGCGCUGUGUCCAAAGCUUUGGGGACGGGUCGGCGUUGGCAAGAGCUCUUACGCCUGCAGGCCCAUACCAGUUGUCCUGAUGAGCUGUUCUACGAGGCCGUGUUGCCACAGAUGACCGGUCAGCCAGGGGCUGCACCUGCCCUGACGCAGUUGCUUUUGCAGCUGCGGAUGGGGGCUGUGGAGUAUUGGCGAGGCUGCAGCAAGCUUGACCUGAGUUGA